AUGCAUCAUGGCAUUGGUUUUUUCAGCAAGCUUCAUGAAGCUAUUGGUGAGUGUCCAAAUCUUGUGAUUAUUUCUGAUCGGAAUAUUAGCAUAGAAAAUGUGUGGCACAACAUUUUUCCAACGGCGCAACAUGGCAUAUGCUUUUACCAUAUGAAGGGGAACAUGAAACGCACUUUCAAAUUGAAAAAACGUGAUAAAUUAUUGCUAUACUUUGAACAAGCUGCGAAAUCUUAUGGUAUCGCUGAAUUUGAUCGUCAUUUUCACAAGAUCAAGGGCAAUGAUGAGGUUGCUCAAUAUCUUGAAAGUGCAGGAUUACACAAGUGGUCUAGAGCGCAUAUGGAUGGACGUCGAUACAAUGUAAUGACAACAAAUAUUGCGGAGUCAAUCAACUCAGUCCUUCGGUUCGCAAGGAUGCUACCUGUGCUGCAUUUGAUUGAUGAAAUCAUCAAUCUGCUUGUGAAAUGGUUUAGUAAACGUCGUGAUUUUGCUUUGAAAUGUACAUCAACAUUGUGCCCUGACUUUGGAGAGAAAAAGUUGAGACGCAGGUUGGAAUGUGCUUCAAGGAUGAAUGUUGUGAAACUGAAUCACGUAGAGUAUAAUGUCGUGGACGGUGAUAUGGACGGCCACGUACAUUUGACGAAUAACACUUGCAGUUGUAGGAAGUUUCAGCUUGAGCAACUACCUUGCAAGCAUGUAGUUGCAGUUUGCCGUUUCUUAAAACUAAAUGUAUACUCCAUGGCUUCUCGUUAUUACACUCGAAAUACAUGGUUGGAUGCUUAUUCAGAUACCAUCUACCCGGUACAGCCUCAAGAGUUGUGGGUUAUUCCUGAAGAUGUCCAAAGUAGAGUUGUGCGUCCUCCAAAUGCAAAGGUCAUGCCGGGUCGACGAAAAAAGUUAAGGAUUCCCUCGCAAGGAGAGGAUAUCAUAAGGAGAAAAUGCUCAAGGUGCAGUGGCACAGGCCACAAUAAAAGCACCUGUAAAAACAAUGUUCCACUACCUAAUGUUGGACAUGUAUUAUGA